AUGAGUGCGCGAAGAAGAGACGAAAAGAAAUGUGCUGUCUGUGGAGAUCAUGCUGUGGGCUUUAACUUUGGGGCCAUUGCCUGCGAGUCAUGCAAGGCGUUCUUCCGUCGUAAUGCACUCCGAGCCACCAUGCCCCCAUGCCUAUUCAACGGUAGUUGCUUGAUUCAGGUGAAAACGCGCCGAUUCUGUUCGCCUUGUCGUCUUUCCAAGUGUUUUGCUGUGGGAAUGCGCAAGUCUUGCAUCAUGGAUGAAAAAGCAAAACGAGAACGAAGGGAGAAGAUUCAGCGUAAUCGGGAGCGAAAAGUUGCUUCGGGUCAGAUUGCCAGCUCUGAUAGCACUCGUGGUGGGGCAAUUGCGCGCUCGAAUUCCCCUCCACGGUGUUAUCAAGGCAACACCUCUCCCAAUCCCGACUAUCACUCACACUCUCUAGCCCCAGAUCCCCCGGCACCUCCGCAUCAUCAUCAACAGACACCACCCUCCUACUAUCCUUUGAUCUCAGCAUCUCACCCUGCCACAGCCACUGAGGCGCUGCCCUCCACUGGCUGUCACAAUGCUGUCAACGAGGGAUUCUGGAAUGCGGAGUACUUGGCAGAUGGUGAGCCUCAAAAUCUUCAUCAGGAUCGCUUACCUACGGUUGAGGGUUCGAUAAAUGCUUAUUCUUCCCAUCAUCUACACCAGUCCCAUUUGAUGACUCCUCCGUCAUCUUCCGGGCCUCAUCCACCAUCCUCGUUUGGAGGCAUGGAGUCCUAUUCCCACCCAGCGCAGUCACUUCCUGAGGUACAAGGCGCCUCUGAGGCAACACCCAAUGAGGCCUGGUUACAAUUGGUGACCUCGUCGAAGGCACUCGAGGAGAAUUCCACCACACUACCCUAUUUUGUUAAGAAGCCAGCAAAGACAGUUCUCACCUCCUCUUCGAAAUAUCCACUUUCUCACGCGAAUGGAGACUCUAAGUCCGGUGUAAAAAAUGUCCUUGAUGGUCACGUUUGGACACUGGAACCGGAGGAUCCAUCAAACAAGGAGUGUAUAGCCCUGUGUCCAGACUUUUUAAAAUCGGGAAUGGCCCGCCUCCUCUCGAAGCAUCAAUGGACGGCGCUGAACGACCUUCGCAGUGCCUAUGAGACGUCCUUUCUUGAUUGUGCCUCCGAUCACGCGCCGGAGAGCAGCUCAAAUAUUACUAUAAGCAGUUUGGUGAAUACUUCUGGUUUUUUGGUACGGAAGUUUAUAAAUUUUGCCAAGAAGUUGGCCGACUUCUCCGUCCUUGGUCAAGAGGGUCAAAUUUGUCUGCUCAAGGGGGUUGUCUUAAAUGCCCUUUUUAUCCGCUCCGCCAGUCAUUAUGAUGUUAUCAAAGAUGUGUGGGUCACUCCAAAGGGUGAAAUACCCACCAGUAUACUUAAAAUUGCUACAGGAAUGCAAAAUCUCUAUGAGGAGCACGCCAAGUACUGCAGGAACUUUGCUGAUGUUGUUAAAAGGGACUCCCAUUUGGUGGCUCUGAUGCAGGUGUUGUGUCUCUUUGCUCCAGAUCGUCCUCGCCUUUCCGAUCGUCAAUCGGUAUCCAAUAUCUACGACCGUUACAUUCUACUGUUGAAGCACUAUCUGGAAGCCCGCCACGGUUUCACUCGAGGUCGAACUUUAUUGGCUGCCGUGUUGACUAAUCUGGCGGAGUUACAGGCUCUGACCGACAACUAUGGUCAUAUCCUUCUCCACGUCGAUCCAAGCAAGGUAGAUCCCCUGAUCCUUGAAGUGUUCAAUCUUCCGGAUUGUAAGAAGGCUAAUAAGGAUGUGGUGGUGGUGGGAGCAGAUUCAAGUCCUUUAAUUAUGGUUGAGGCAAACACCUCCAAUUCUAACGUGACUAAUCCCUCCUAA